CUCUAGAGGCUGCAGGGCUGCACGCGGGUUCCUCACGCGCACUCUCCGAGGCUUUGGAGGAAAAUCAGAAGCUUCAGCGCAGACGAGACAAAUGCUGGAGGCAGAGAGUAAAGUGUGUGAAGGUCUGCUGAAAGGGAUGGAGUUCCCGAACUCUGAUGAAUUUGAGGAGCUUUGUCCAGUGUGUGGGGACAAAGUGUCCGGCUACCAUUAUGGCCUGCUGACCUGCGAGAGCUGCAAGGGUUUCUUUAAGAGGACAGUGCAGAAUAAUAAGAGGUACACCUGCAGUCAGAAUCAGGAUUGUGGGAUUGAUAAAACUCAGAGAAAGAGAUGCCCCUACUGCCGCUUCCAGAAGUGUCUGAGCGUGGGAAUGAGACUGGAGGCGGUCCGUGCUGACCGUAUGAGGGGAGGCAGGAAUAAAUUCGGCCCCAUGUACAAGCGGGACCGUGCCCUAAAGCAGCAGAAGAGAGCCCUAAUCCGGGCGAGUGGUUUUAAACUGGAGUCCAACCCACCCCUUGUGCCGUCGGCCCAGGCAGACUACCCCUUCGCCGGCUCUCUCCCCAGCCUCCUCCCCCCAUCCCUCGCCCCUCCUGAAUAUGACUGCCCCCCUCUCUGCCCCCCUGCCUUAGGGGUGGCCCUACAGAGUUAUGGCUCUUUCCCGGCUCAGUACCAGUACACUACUCCCACUCUGCCUGGGAGGUCCAUCAAAGCGGAGCACCCGGACCCCUAUUCUACUUCCCCUGACUCAUCUCUGGCGUACCCCUACACUGAAGGCUGCCUGCCUGCUUCCCCCCAGACCAGCCCUCUGAACCCGACAGUACCAUCGCUGGUCCUGGAGCUGCUCAGCUGUGAGCCAGAUGAGGAGCAGGUAAGAGGGAAAAUCUGCGCCUACCUGCAGCAGGAACAGAGUGGGCGUGGCAAGCUGGACAAGCCCCGCCCCUUCAACUUGCUGUGUGUGAUGGCAGACCAGACACUGUUCUCCAUUGUAGAAUGGGCAAGAAGCUGCAUCUUCUUCAAGGAGCUAAAGGUGGGUGAUCAGAUGCGGCUGCUGCACAACUGCUGGAGUGAGCUUCUACUUCUGGACCACAUCUGUAGACAGGUGCAUCAUGGGAGAGAGAAUUCUCUGCUCCUUAUCACUGGCCAAGAGGUGGAGCUGGCUGGUGUCACGUCUGAAUCAGGACUGACCCUGUCCAGUCUUGUGCAGAGGGGACAGGAACUCUCCCACCGGCUUCAGCUGCUGCAGGUGGACCGCCGAGAGAUGGCCUGCCUGAAGUUCCUCAUCCUCUUCAACCCCAAUGUGAAGCUGUUAGAGAACCAGGCGUUUGUGGAGAGCGUGCAGGAGCAGGUGAAUGGAGCUCUGCUGGAAUAUACGCUCAGCACAUACCCGCAGCACCUGGACCGCUUCAGCCAGCUGCUGCUGCGCCUGCCCGAGUUGCGCGUGCUCAGCAGCCAGGCCGAGGACUACCUGAGCUCCAAACACCUGAGCGGAGACGUGCCCUGCAACAGCCUGCUCAUAGAGAUGCUCCACGCCAAGAGAGCCACCGCCAUCUGA